AUGCGACUCUUAAUUGAUUUACCACCGGAUUAUGAAACAAUAAAGCAAACACGAUUAGUGAUCAAGCGAAAUUUAUCUGUAAAUAAUCUUGCAAUGAAUAGUAAAAAGCCAAAAAUACCAAAAGCAAAAUUGAUUAAAUGUGCUAAUAACUGUUGUACUGAAGUAGAAGCUGAUGAUCCAUUCCAAUCUAAUGCUAUUCAAUGUUGUCAUCAGUCAGAACAAUUUAGCUGGAUCGAGCAUCAUGAUAAUUGCUCAAGAUGGUUACGCAAUGUAUGUAGAAUUAAGUUAAAUAUAAGUGUAGAUUCUUUAUGGUUUUGUUCUGAUCGUUAUGACAUGCAUCAAGAUGAAGAUGAAAAUUAA